AUGUCGCAGACGCACAUAACUGGAGAGGGCAGCGGCAAGUUCCUGUCGCUUGGAUCGAGCUCAAAAUCCCAGUCCCCAAGCAGCACGAUUGCGAUCAGCGGGGGGGGUAUCAAUGACGUGGCCGUGUCCCCCGAUGGGCGCCAGCUAGCGGCCGCAUGCCGCGACGGGGCCCUGCGCCUCAUUGACAUCGGCACGGGCACCGUCGUGGGGGGCUUCUGCAGCUACUAUGGGGCCCUGCUGUGCUGCGCCUUCAGCCCCGAUGGGAAGUAUGUUGCGACCGGGGGAGAGGACGACAUGGUGGCGGUGUACGGCAUCCAGGAGCGGUACCCUGUCGUACAUGGCGAGGGGCACCGGUCCUGGGUCAGUCGUGUGGCCUGGGACCCCUGGGCGGGUUCGGAGCCUGGCACCGGGUCCCGUGCGGGUCUGUCCGAGCAGCUCGCUCCCUCCACCCGCAUCUACCGUCUGGGGUCGGCGGGUCAGGACUGCCAGCUGUGUUUGUGGGACAUGCAGGCGCCCAGCGAGGGCGACAUCAGCAGCAGUGCCGCCAUGCUGGCGCAGAUGUCGGUGCUGGGAGGCGGGGGAAUGAAGCGUAACGGCAGCAUCGCCAACCUUGGCGGCGGCCGGGGCGGCGACGGCGGCGGCGGUGUCGGCGGGGGUGGGUUGGGCCCCGUCAACACCACCACCCUGCACGACAGGAAGAUCUCCCUAGGGAAGAGCUCCAGCGGCAUCUGCCCCUCCCUGCCGCGAAUGGACAUGUACAUCAUACAACCCAUCAUGGAACAUAAGAUCCAUUUGGAGCCCAUGUCGGAUCUGUUGUUCACUGCGGAUGCUAUCUUUACUGCGGACCACACCGGCAGCAUUCGCACCUGGCUGCGACCCGUGGAAGGGGAACCUCCGGAGGAAUAG